UUUUAUCAGCGAGAUGACAGUUUGGAUAAUCGUGACAAACGAUGUUUGCUAAGUAACGUUAUAACGUUGGUGAAAAGAAACACAUCAUGAUACUUAUUCCGUUUAAAGGGAUUAUAACAUGUCAGUUCAUCAUAAACAUAAAGUGUUAACAGACAACUCAGAAGUGGGAGUAUUUGUUCUAUCGGCUACCCACUGACAGGUAGCUAUGUUACCCUGUCAAUGAUAAGCUCAGGAAACUUUCAAAACCAUUAAAGUAGAUCUGCUGAUGUAAAGAUAGCUGAUCUUGUUAGAUUAUCACGCUUUGGUGUAAAAUUACACUUAAGCGUUUGUGUCGUAUCGGGUGUCAGUCAAACCGAAAGGAAGUAAUGUGCAAGGGUUUCGCUUAACGGUACACUAUUACAUAACACAGACCAACUCAUAGGUGCACAAGACAACCCUAGCAAAGAUUGGAGAGUUCGUCAGUGAACCUGGCUACCAGGAACACUUAGAGCACGCGAGAAUACUGAACUUUGUGCGCGCUAUACAUUUAUAUCGGAUUGUGUACCAUCACUUAACCGUCAAUUAACCUACUGUUUAAGGAGAUGUUAGCUUGUUGUUUACUGUAUCCUGUGUAAAUUAAUAUACACUUGAAUGACUUGAACGGAUAAAUAUUGACAAAACGAACAGGGUUUAAGGAUCGCUAACUUCAGUGAAUCACAAAGAGCGGUCUGUAAUGCUAUACAAACCGGCAAAUGAAUACAUCACAAUUUAAAACACACAUUGAGUAAUUGUCUUCUCUUACGCAACAACUCAAUUCCAGUUGGAUGGUUCGACAUCAAAAACAACUUUAGAAAGGGGAAAAGUGCAUCAUUAUGGACUUAUUGAUCAGACGAUCAACAGAGAAUAUAUUGAAUUGUGUGUUAUAGAAAAGAGUUGUGUCAACAUAUAUGAUCCGAACUUAACGCAUUUGACAGUGACGUUAUAACACGUGGAAUAUAGUUAGGAGUCUUUAUUGACUUGAGGGUAAGGCUUUAUUGAUUAUUGAUACGUAUAACACCUCAUUCAGAACAAAUUAAUUAUGAGUUCAUAAACAAGAGAAAGAAAUGCAACAGCUGUCAAGGAAAUUUGCGGCGGUUCGACCAAGUCAGAAACUGAAAACAACAAUGACUACUAUGGAAUGUUACUUAUAGACAUGAAUUGUAACGACUGCUACCAAAUGAUGUUUUAUAACUGGGGAUUUUAAUUCUUCAUUAUCGUGAACUGUACAACCAGAUUUGUCCAUGAUAGGUUAUUGAUGACAGAGGACAUAACAGCGCCGGAGUCAAACGAUCAUUGUGUCAUCCCAGAAGUGUUCAGGCGGUGGGUGGUUGUGACAUUGUUGGGAUUUUUAGAAAUCUAUUGUGUGAAUGAUCUACAACGAUUCGGAAGGGAAAAUUCCUGUUAUGUGUAUUCGACCUGUAGAAUAACGCGAUGUUAGUAAGGUCAAUGAUUUAAUUUCCUCUUAGAUGUGACAAGAGAUACCUCUUAAUUAACCCGGAUUAAAGUCAUUGUGUUGGACGGGCAUUAUAAAUACAGUAGCACAUCCUAUACAGUUAUACAGCAGGCCAGGGAACGAGGAAAGAAGGAGACACCGCAUUUUCCACUUAUCAACUGGUUUUGCCUUAUCUGCCUAACGAACUAACUCAAGUAUCAUGACCAUGUUUCAUGGAUAUGGCAGUCGCAAGCCCGUGAACCUGAGUAUUCUGGAGAUGGUCGGGAUCAUCAAUGAACGUUACCCUGGUGAUCUUCGGCGCCGACCUCUCCCACCUGGUUUCUGCUAUGUGUGCAGUCGACUUGAUCCUAAUGCACGCCACAAAAAUCCCAACGGAUACCUCUUUGCGAAAGGUUUCUUCGCCCACUGCGAACACAUGCAACCACCACGCCCACCAUAUCCCACGUUCAUCGAGGAUGAUAAAGACGUUGAUAUUCCAUUAAUUCCCCCGGAAUAUAUCACGAAUCGGUCUCCAGGACAACCGCCCCCUUACCCGAACGUGAACCUCAGUGUGAGUGUCACCAUCAAAAACAAGAACUCCCCGUCACCGGAUCAGAAAUAUAGCAAGAAAUAUUUCGAUACUGCUGUCCUGAAUGGCGUGGAUGAUAACGAUUACGAUAAUGACGACGACAGAUAUCGACUCCCGCCUAUGUUUGAUAAGGAAGUUCAAGAAAAUGGGAAACACAUAUUACAUGUCAGUGAUAAAUCGUUUGCCGAGGCAGGGUCCUAUGCUGAGGAGGAACAUACGAUCUUAUCUGACGAUGACUUUAAGGUGCCCCAUUUACCCUCUCUUUCUAAAACGAAAAACAUUACCUCAAACUUCGAUGAGUAUAGAAACGACCAAGCUUCCAGGUCACCUCGGCGAUCAAUAAAGAUGCGGAAUUCCUUGAAGAAGAAAAGGAAUAGAAGAGAGGACGAAAAAUCCGGAAAAUCUCAUCCGGAAAAGGAUGAAAUGCAACGUCAUGAUGAUGAGGACGAUGAAGAUGAAGAAGGUGUGUUAAAAUAUAAUCACAGAGAUGAGUUCUCGUCUCUUCCAAAUGAAGGAUUAGAAAUGGCGCCUUCUCGCGACAAUUCAAAAUUGAAUACUGGUGCAUUAGACGUGUCCUCCAGUUCACUGAAGGAAGUGUCAUUCGGUGACCGGAGGAAAUCGAACCAGGAGAAUCCUCCCUCAAUGAUCAUCCAAAAGAUUGGAUCAGCAGAACUUUGGUGCGAGUGUACUAAUCUUGACCAUAGUACACUAAAAUGUGACGAAUGUGCUGCCGUAGGCGGGCACGAGAAUUGGUGCACGUACGCGCGUUCUGCAACUCGUAACGGAAAAUGUCCGAAAUGUGGGAGGCACGUGCGUAAGACGAAGACACUGAGUUCACACGACCUUAAGACGGACAUUAAACGGAAACAAAGUUUAACGCGCAGACUGUCGAAGGGGACUACAAAGUCAGAUGAUUCUGACGUCACACGUAAACGACCGUUUAGUGAUACUCCUCUGACAGCGGGGAAGGCUGCCGGUCUACACGUCCGCUUCGAGGACGAUAAAGAAGGCUCCCAUGCAGAAAAGCAUGCGGACAGUAUUAGAAGUAAAACUGUCACGGACGAGGAUUAUAAAAAAUAUGAUAAGGCAUAUCAAGACUUUGUUUAUAAUCGUGAAGGUUGGACAGAGCACUCCGAUUAUUCUGACGACGAAGAUUUUGAGGACUACUUGCCAAAAGUGCAUCCACGCGUCGAUCCAAACAUCCAUAGGGACGCUUACUACCGCGCCAUAGCAGCGAGGAGCCUAGAAAAGUUGAAAAAAAUGAAUGAAGUUGAUGAAAAGUUCGCUGCCGAUAGAAUAAGUAAACCUCACGUGUUUUCGUAUUUCAAACUUAGGCCACAUCAAAAGAAUGCUCUACCUGGUGGCCCUGAUAACAUAGGAAUCAUGCCAUCGGAAUCCGCCAACGUCCGGCCACGCAAGGCCAUGAAACAUAUAUUUGGAAAAAUCAAAGUAGACGACUUUUAUCCGGGUGGAAAGAGAAAUAAAGCUCAAGUGUCCGUGUCAAAAGAGAAAAACGAACAAACAAUGCCGAUAAACAAGUGGACAAGAGGAGGAAUAAAUGGAUGAUGUAGGAAAAUCUGUCCUGAAUCAAACAUCAAAUUAGCUCAGCGGCAAAUGAUGAUGGAGGUUUCUUGAUCGUAUAACUAUGUAAAGCAACCAUUACCCAAACAGUAUUAUAGAUAUUUAAACGAAUUCUAAUAGCGUUUUAUAUCAUAUGUGUUAAAAAAUAAUAUCAUCUCUGCAUCCUUGGAUUUUACCUUGACAAAUCGAAUGGUCUUGGAAAGCUCGUUGAUUAGUUCCAUUUAUUAUACCCCCGCAACGAAGUUAUGAGGGGGAUUUACUGGAAUCACUCGUCCACAGUAACUUGUCCGAAAAACUCCACCUUAACUACCAUGUGGAUUUCAUUGAAACUUUGCAUGAAUGAUUGGUAUCUUAUGUAUUUGUGCACCGGCAUUUUAAUUUGG